AUGUUUAAAUUAAAAAGUACAUGUAAUCCUGAAAAAAUAAAAGGUGUUAAUUUGAAUGAAUUAAAAAUAGGAUAUUUUCAAAUUAAAAAAAUUAGUAAUGAAAAUGGAAAAGUUUGCAAUAAGUAUUUAACAUAUCUUAAGAGUUUUAAGUCAGUACAUGACGAAUAUAUGGAUAGACAUUGUGGAAGUUUAACUGUUUUUUCAUCGAAUGGUACUGAUUAUUUUUCUUGUAAUGAUAAGGAUGAGCUAACGUCUCUCAUAAAUGAAUUCGAAAAAUGCAAAAGUGUAGAGAAACCAAAUCCUGAAAUAGUACAUGAUAUCCCAGCA